AACAGUCUCUCAAGCUCAGUGGGAUUCGGUGUUUUGCCGUCAAGGAUAUAUUGUGCAGAGACAUGGAGUCGAGCAUUAGCUGGUUGUUACUGGUGUUGGUAGCGACAGGUUGGCUCACUGCAGAUGCUCUGAUCCCUCCAGGAUAUAUCCUACAAGUCAAGCCGUACUGUGGCCUUAGUGCGACAGCUUCAAAUGGCUCCAUCCACAUUGUGACCGACCUAGAAAUAGAGGCCAGAGCUGAGUGUGCUAAUGGUGACGUCGACUUCAACAACGCCGACAGCGUCAACUUCCACCUAGCCAUCAGAUACCCAGAGGCAAACAGCAAGUUAAACAACACGAGAGCCAACACGGGCUAUUGUAUGCUCUAUGAACGUGCAGACAGUUUGUUCACGGUAAAAGUGUUGGUGUCGUGGGGCGAGACUGGCAGUGUGAUUCACACGAACGAGGAGCAGUACCAGGUGACCUGCACAUUCUCCCACAAAGGAAUUGACGAAACCGCCAACAAAACUAUCGUAGAAGGCUUGAUUGCUGCAAAGACUAUUCAGUCUUAUCACGGGAACACGAACUUGACCAUGACCCUGGCCGUAACCGACGUUAUCGGUGACACCAUCACUAGCCACAUCCACAUAGGUCGCAAAAUCAGGCUAAAAGGAAGCAUAGAUUCUCUGGUAAAUGGAUUGCAUGCUGUGGGCUGUGACGCAAUAGGGAAGAAUAACAAUAGAAGAUAUGCAAUUAUCCGAGCUGGUUGUGGUGAUGGUAUAGUGUUCCAAAAGGAUGCUGGUUUUAAAACUAAAGACAACGUCACCUGGAGUCCAUACUUUGAAGCGUUCACUCUUCCCGGAAACACUGCAAUAAGCUUUGAGUGCAACUUUACUGUGUGUACACUACCGUGCACUGCCAAUACCUGCACAAGCCGAGUUAAGAGGCAAACGAAUGAAGAUGAAGACGAGUUGUACAUCAUGAUGCAGUCUGAUCCCAUAGCGAUCAGCCCGGAACAAGGGCCAUCUGGCACUGUGGUUCACGCGUCGAGCGAGCGGGGUCAGCAGACAUCAAACGACGUGAGGUUCUGGGUGGCAGUCGGCUUCAUCACCGUACUGGCCACUACUUCACUCGUCCUGUCUGUGUGCGCGCUCCUCAACACCAGUAAGCGGAGUGACGUGCAAUACAAAGUGUAAAUAAACUAUUUCCUGCACA